AUGAAUUCCAACACGUCUCCGCCGGAGCUCAAGGUGGUUGAGAAGCGGGAGUCGGCAGUGGUCAACGAGAGAGCGCCAGCCUCUGAUGACGCCGAGGUUGAGGUUGACGGUAUCGACGAGAUCCGUAGGUCCGUCGAGUCCUACUCUGCGGAGGAGACCAAGAGGAUACUAAGAAAGGUCGACUAUCGACUUAUCCCGCUGCUCACUCUGCUCUACCUGCUGGCUUUUAUCGACAGAGGGAACAUUGCGAAUGCCAAAAUUGCUGGCCUGGAGAGAGAUUUGCGCCUGCACGGGUCCCAGUACAAUAUAGCAUUGACUCUCUUCUUCGUUCCCUACGGCUUGUUUGAGGUGCCUAGCAAUGUUGUGCUCAAGAUCCUGCGGCCGUCAGUAUGGAUUGCCAUCAUGAUGUUGGCCUGGGGGACUGUCACCACGUUGAUGGGACUGGUUCAGAGCUACGAGGGCCUCCUUGCAGCGAGAUUCUUCCUGGGCGUAGCAGAGUCUGGUUUCUUCCCAGCCGCUACCUACCUGUUAACCAUCUGGUACAAGCGGUAUGAGGUUCAGCAGCGGAUGGCAAUCUUCUAUGGCUCUGCUUCUCUGUCUGGAGCAUUCUCAGGCCUCCUUGCAUUUGCAAUUCAAAAGAUGCAUGGUGUUGCAAACCUCGCAGGAUGGCGUUGGAUCUUCAUACUUGAAGGCCUUUUGCCUGUUCUCCUCUCCCUGGCAAUAUGGUUUGUUCUCCCAGAUAGUCCCGAGCGGGCCAAGUUCUUGACCAAGACAGAGAGGGAGUUCCUUGCAAACAGACUGUCCAUUGAGACUGGCUCUGGCCAUGGCCGAGUUACCAAUAAUGACAAGAUCACACUCGGCCAUGUUAUAGCUGCCUUUAAAGAGUGGAAGAUUUACUGCGCCAUAUUAAUGUUUUGGGCAAACACCAUUGGCGUCUAUGGGUUCACUGCAACCGUUCCCACCGUCAUCAACGACCUUGGAUAUACGGCAGCACAAGCUCAGCUGCUGACUAUACCAAUCUACGUCGUGGCCACGAUGGGUAUUCUCACAUUUGCUUACCUUUCCGACCGUUAUCAGCAGCGAACACCCUUUAUCAUUGCCGGAAACACCAUUGCCCUUCUAGGAUUCGCUGCCCAGCUAGCCAUCCCACACCCAAGAUACCCGGGCUUGACAUACGCAAUGCUGUUCCUUGUGGCCGCGGGACUCUAUUCUGCAUUUACACCGGUUCUAUGUCUAAUCGCUAAUAAUCUUGCACCUUCCUCCAAACGAGCAGUGGGCAUGGCUAUUUUAAUCUCAAUUGGGAACUGGGGCGGGAUAGCUGGAUCUAAUAUCUACCGCGCCGCGGAAAAGCCAAGGUAUCCCACUGGCUUCGGCGUAUCGCUUGCUAUUUGUGGAAUCGCAAUUAUAACUGCAUUCUUCCUGCGGUUUGCGUUUAAGCGGGUAAACGACCAGCGAGAUAGACUGAUUGCUGAACAAGGCGAGGAAACGAUUAGAGCGAGGUAUACAGCGAAGGAGUUGUUAGACAUGGGUGAUCUGAGUCCGUUUUUUAGAUAUACCCUAUAA